AGUCUCGUUUUCGCUUUAUAAACUCGUCUUUGAUUCUUUUUUUUGCGUCCUUGUUCUAUUCUACCUUGUUCCGUCUGGACUGCGGUUAGUUCUUUCGUCUUGCACGCUGCUGUUGGCUCUGACCUCACUUCCGUAUCAUCCAUCAUCCCUCAAAGCAUCCGAGCCAAAAGCCCCUCCCCGCCGCUUUUCUUCCCCUCCUUCAUAUUCACGUCUGCGUUCACGUCCACCCCGCUGCCACUGCAGAAAAGAAUUACAUACCUGCCGCCUGUUUGAUUCAUGGGCCUGCCGCCGAGUCAUCGCUUUGGUGCGUGAGAUGGUCCUUCGACUGACCGCAGUCACCUCGUGAUGGAACAGCUUGAAACGUCGCCAUCCCCGCCGCCACUGCAGCCCCGUCGUCGCGAUACUCUGCUUCCUCGACUUAGCAAACCAUCGGCUUCUUACCCAGCACCAACUUCGAUUCCUUCGCCAUCGGCGACAACCGCUUCUCCCACGAGCCUCGCUUCCUCAGAGCCUACUCUCCGAUUUCCUAGACCGCAGGGGAAUAAGCAGCUUGCAAAUUGGAUAUCGAGCAGCAACCCCAACAUCAUGGAUCUGGCCCCGCCCACCGAGGACAACAGCCUGUCCGAGUCAACCUACGAGCUCGUCUCGGGCCCGAGCACCGAUACCGAAGAGUCUCAAGACGACAACUACACCGGGUCCAUGAGCGAAUCCGUCGGCUCGCUCGACAUUCAUCGCCCAGACGACGUGCAAAGCUUGGCGGGCACAGAAGACUCGUACGAGACCGAGUCUGCGGUUGAUGAAGCAGAUGUACCCAGUACAGCGGCGUCUGACCGCGAUGAGACCGAAGACGAAGAGGAUGACGAAGACUCUGUUCACGAAGACAGUGUGCUGGCCGAGUCGCACUUUACAAAUGAGACUGCCAAGCUUGAGCCUUUCCCGCCCUUCGAGCAUGAGGCUUACUCUCAAUCAUCGCUUGAAUACACACAGCAGAGCUUAGGGACUCCUUCUUUCCCUACUCCAGAGGCCAGUCGGGUCAUCGAGAGACCAGGGCCAGCUGAGCCUGAGAAGAAGAAAUCUUGGAAACAGAAGGUGUCUCCGUUUUGGCUAUUCGAAUCCGAAGCUAGAGAGUAUCUAGUAGAGGCAACAUGGGGAGCUUUUCCCGGCUUCGCAUUCGUUCUCGUUGUGCUCGUGGCGCUCCCCAUCUUCAUCCGAUCGCCAUCCGACCCAGGUCUAUCAAACGUCCAAGCGCCACCGCCCAUCACCGCAACCAUUACCACCACUACAUAUCUCACCACUUCAUCCUUACCAACCUCUAGUAGUCAACCGACUCCAUCUUCCACUAACAGCGUGGCUUUAGUGCCCAUUGGCGAGCCACAAUCUGAUGAUUGGAUAUUUGGCGCCAAGAAGCCUGCUGUUUCUUUUACGGCCGAAGCGCACAAUGAUGUUUUGAUACACAUCCCUAAGAGUAUUAAGAAGACGUGGUUGGCUAAGGAUUGUCUAUCUGUAUCUGUCAAGAGGGGAGAUGACAUUGUCGAUACCACCAUGUCCAUGGUAGACGACGGCCUUCGCCUAAAGUUUGCCAAGAGGGAGGUCCACGGCGUUGUCAGCCUUGUUCUCGAAGCCAAGUGCCGUCCCAAGAUUCACAAAGUGGUCAAGGUCCACUUUGGUAAAGGGUUGAUGGAAGAGGCCUUGGAACGCACCAAACAUCUUGCUCAUGAUCUGUCCGGACUUGUGCCUGCUGCUGCUCAGGAGGCAGAGCGGUGUAUUGAGAAUGCAAAGCAGUCGAUCAAUUCAGCAUGCCAAAAUGUCUGCCAGACCGUCACUGAGACUGUAUCAAAGACAUUUGGCGUCACCUUUGCAGAUGCCAAGCAGAAUCUGGACAACCUCGUAUCGACAGCCAAGGCCCAGCUUGAAGAAGCCACCCAAGAGUUUACCACGAUAUUUGACAACUUUGCACAGCAGGCUGUCGAAAACCUGCCAUCGGUUGAAGAUGUACAAAACCAACUGCAACUCCAGCUUCUCGACGCCCAGAUCUCAGCUAAGCUCUGGUGGCUGCAAACCUUUGGCAGCGCAGAGGAACAUGACGAAUAUCUGCGCAAGGCAAAGACUUAUUCGGCCAGGAAGCACGCAGCCGCUGAAGAGAUGAAGCAUGCCAAAAAGGAAGUCUCUGAAAAGCCAAUAGAAGCAGCUUCACGGCUCUGGUCCAAGUUGAUAGGCAAAUCAGCGUGUCGAGAGAAGAAUUCAUGCAAGGACGCGGCAUAAAGGGCAUGGGAUAUAUAUCUUUGUUUUGUGCCAAUAUCUUUCUUCUUCUUCUUUAUCUCCCUUCUCCCUCUCUCUUUUUUUUUCUUUUUUUUCUUGUGAGUUAUGAGAAUCCGCGAGGAUUAGGUUUUGUAUGUAUUUAAUGAAACUUUUGAAAUGAGGCAGGAAAUAUGGAUUGGAGGAAACGGAAUGGGUGGAGUUAUAGGGCUUUCCUUUGUUGUUGUUUAUUUGUUCUUUGUUAGCUUGGCCACUGCUUUGCUCAACAAGGCGGAAGGGAGACUAUGGUUUUUACUAGGUGUGAUGUGUAUGACAGACGCAAAUAUACACGCUGCUUUAUUUGCCUAGGCAUCGAUUGAGUGUCUAGCCUUGAUUUACAGUGAUUGUGGCAGCUUUUAUAUAUUAAUACUUAAAUGGGUAUUUG